AUGGAAGAACCAGAUACCGGCCAGAACCAGAAGCCCGCGCAGCAGCGGGUUAAAACCGGCUCCGCUCGACUCAAGGAAAUUCGCGAUCAGCUCCAAAACUCAAACUCGAGAGCCGGGAAAAUGAAACCGACGCCAUCAACCUCAACGACUUCUGAAGGCACAACAAGCAUUCCGGAAGUCGAAAUCCUCAACAAUCAGAAUCCGCAGUUUGAAGAAGAACUGGUACUUGAGAAUUCGCAAAAUUGGACAAGGAUCAAUACCGAUCCGCCGCAAUUUUCGACGGUUAGGAAUCUAAAACUGGCUCUUGGAGCGAUAGGUGGAAUCGCCAUCUUGCUCGGCUGUAUUUGCUCAUUACUGUACAUUUCUCGGCAAAAACGGCGCCAACGCGCUAGGCUCCAAAAACGGCCCAUUUCUUCUCCAGGCCAUUUUCCUCCAGGCCCCUUUCCUCAUAACCCUAAUCUUCCCCAUCCUAACACAUUAACUCAAUCUUAUCCUCCUCAUUAUUUCUCGCAGCCUCAGUUUAACCCACAAGCGCACGGAGGUCAGGCUCCUGGCGCUUGGCAAAAUGACGCGUAUGGGAAUAUGAUGCAACAAGCACAAUUUGAUAUGGCGCAGCAAUACCCAGAAGCUUAUUUAGAGCACUACAGGCAACAAGGACUUUACGAUCCCUACUACGCUGGCGAAUAUUAUCAGCAGUUUUAUCAGCAACAGCACCAACAACAAGCUUAUCCCGAGAGCCAAGCUGACAUGUCCGAAAUCGCCUUCGACCCAGUUUUGAAUUACGUCGAAACAAUUGGCGAAGGAUUGAAAACUCCAAAGCGACGGCCGAAGCAGCGAAAAGACGGCUCCUCGACGCCGCAUCCGAUAAUCACCCGCCGAGCGAGCUUCAAAUCCGUUCGCUCGGAAGUGUCCGCUUGGACGGAAGACGAGGGGGAUCUCGGACGAGACAGUCCCUGCAAGAUCGAAAGGAGAGGAUCUGAAGAGCUGGAAGGAGAAAGGACGCCGAAGGGAGACUCGGCUUAUGGAUCCAGGGGGUCGAUUCAAAGCCCAAACUCGAUUCAUGAGCUGACUGGACCGAGCGACGAUGAAAAGGUGCCUGAUGCUCACGUGGUCCGUUUCUCGACGAAAAUUACCUCCGCCGAAGCUAACGACUUGAAAAUGACGCCAGAGCAUAAAGAAAUGGCAGUCGAGUAA